AUGUGGUCCAAGGACGAGUUUACAGAUCCUCCCACGAAGAAAACCCUAGACAAUGGUCUGAUUGUCUCCACUGGAUAUGACAAAGAUGAUGGCUAUGAUUUCUUCCAGGCGAUCGUGAUGGAUCACAAGGGACGCAAGAUCGAAAGCUUUCACGGACAUGAUUAUAAUGUCGUUUAUGAGGAUUUGGUGGCUUACCUGGAAAACUAUAAACCACCAUCGAGUCGGAACUUUUUGGGGAAAUUCUUCUGA